CGGCCGAAUUGGGCACUUUUGCGGGAACGCAGAGCCGAGCGUGGAGAGCGGAGCGAAGCUGGAUGACUGGGGACCGAUGAUGUGGCUAGCAUCGCUUCUGCUGCUGCUGUUGCUACUGAGGCACGGGGCCCAGGGGAAACCGUCCCCAGACGCAGGCCCUCAUGGCCAGGGGAGGGUGCACCAGGCGGCCCCCCUGAGCGACGCCCCCCAUGAUGACUCCCACGGGAACUUCCAGUACGACCAUGAGGCUUUCCUGGGACGGGAAGUGGCCAAGGAAUUCGACCAACUCACCCCAGAGGAAAGCCAGGCCCGUCUAGGGGCUCAUCUCACUGAGACCUUUCCUUCCCCAGGUGAAGAAUUCCAUGACGUGGAGGACGCAGAGACCUACAAAAAGAUGCUGGCUCGGGACGAGCGGCGUUUCCGGGUGGCCGACCAGGAUGGGGACUCGAUGGCCACUCGGGAGGAGCUGACGGCCUUCCUGCACCCCGAGGAGUUCCCUCACAUGAGGGACAUCGUGAUUGCUGAAACCCUGGAGGACCUGGACAGAAACAAAGAUGGCUAUGUCCAGGUGGAGGAGUACAUUGCGGAUCUGUACUCCGCCGAGCCUGGGGAGGAGGAGCCGGCGUGGGUGCAGACGGAGAGGCAGCAGUUCCGGGACUUCCGGGAUCUGAACAAGGACGGGCACCUGGACGGGAGUGAAGUGGGCCACUGGGUGCUGCCCCCGGCCCAGGACCAGCCCCUGGUGGAAGCCAACCACCUCCUGCACGAGAGCGACACGGACAAGGAUGGGCGGCUGAGCAAAGCGGAGAUCCUGGGUAAUUGGAACAUGUUUGUGGGCAGUCAGGCCACCAACUAUGGCGAGGACCUGACCCGGCACCACGAUGAGCUGUGAGCUCCGUGCACCUGCCACAGCCUCAGGGGCCCCGCACAUGACCCAAGGAGGGGCCGCGGUGGUCUAGGCCCCUCCCUGUCCAGGCCCUGCAGGAGGCAGAUGCAGUCCCUGGCAUCCUCCUGCUCAUGGGCUCUCAGGAACCCCUUGGGUCAGCUUAUGUCCCUGUCAUACCCCCAACCCCGGGGAGGGGCCGUCACAGUCCCAGAGGAUAAGCAACACCUAUUUCUGACUGAGUCUCCCAGCCCAGACCCAGGGACCCUGGCCCCAAGCUCAGCCUCUAAAAACCGCCACCAACCCCUCCAGCUCCGAAUCUGAGCCUCCACCACACAGACUGAAGCUCCCCUGGCCCCAGCCCUCUCCUGCCUGGCCCGGCCUGGGACACCUCCUCCCUGCCAGGAGCCAAUAAAAGCCAGCGCCGGGACCUUG